AUGUCGGGAAAAGAGCGCUCAGAACCACAAUGGGUCACACCAUCUUCCAAUCAGGUACCAUCCCAAGAUGUGCCUCCCGACUAUGAGACGAUAGGAACUAUUUUCGGUUACUUAUUGGUAGCCUUAUCAUGGGUUCUCAUUAUUGUAACUUUUCCAUUUUCCAUGUGUGUAUGUCUCAAAGUUAUCAAAGAAUACGAAAGGGUUGUCAUCUUCCGAAUUGGUCGUUUAAUCUUCGGAGGUGCUCGCGGGCCCGGUAUGAUUUUCGUAAUUCCAUGCAUCGAUACUUAUAGGAAAAUCGACUUGCGUGUCGUCUCAUAUGCAGUACCUCCACAGGAAAUUUUGUCGAAAGAUUCCGUGACAGUAUCUGUCGAUGCCGUCGUCUAUUUCCGUACAUCAGACCCCAUCGCAUCCGUCAACAAUGUUGAUGAUGCUAUCUAUUCAACUAAACUUCUUGCUCAGACCACUCUCAGAAACGCUUUAGGUAUGAAAACCUUAACAGAAAUGUUAACUGAGCGUGAAGCUAUAGCACAACUUUGUGAGACCAUUCUCGAUGAGGGUACAGAACAUUGGGGCGUUAAGGUAGAAAGAGUGGAAGUGAAAGACAUCCGUCUCCCUCAGCAACUCACAAGAGCUAUGGCUGCCGAAGCCGAAGCUGCUCGUGAAGCUCGAGCUAAAGUCGUUGCGGCAGAAGGAGAACAAAAGGCAUCUCGUGCGCUGAAAGAGGCAGCGGAUGUCAUUCAAGCCAACCCUGUAGCACUGCAGUUGAGGCAUUUACAAGCAUUAAAUAGCAUUGCAGCUGAGCAUAACUCAACGAUCGUCUUCCCCGUCCCGGUAGAAAUGUUUGGAGCAUUCAUGAAGAAAGAUGUAUAA